AUGUUGCACAAUAACAACGGCACUGCCAAUAGCACAGGCACCGGCGCUGUCUCCGGCACCGGCAACCCUCUCCAACGCCACGAGAGCCGAAAGUCCCAGUCCAGGCGAAGCUCGUACACGCAGCAGGCCAGAGCCAGCAAAAGACGAAAAUCGUCCAUCCAAAUGUCAGAGCCCUCGGACAACCAGAAAUUUCUCCCCGCUGAGUACAUCCACUGCGACAAGAUGGAGUUGAUCACCAUUAUCUCGAGAAUGUUGUCCUCCAUCGUGUCCAUCAACGAUUCGAGAACGUCUUUGGACGUCCAUUACCUCAACAGUGCAAGCCUCACAAGAUUCCACUCCCGGUCGCCUCCCCACAUAUCCAUUUACAGCUACCUCGUCCGACUUUCUCACUACUCGUCCCUCGAAAACUGCGUCUUGAUAGCGACGGUCUACUAUAUAGACCUCUUGACCAUCAAAUACCCGUCCUUUGCGCUCAACUCUUUGACCGUCCAUCGUUUCCUGUUGACCGCCACCACUAUCGCCUCAAAGGCGCUCUGCGACUUCUUCUGCUCCAAUAAUCAUUACGCCAAAGUGGGCGGUGUCAACAUCAUAGAGUUGAACCUCUUGGAGGUUGAGUUUCUCAAGUGGGUCAACUACAGAGUCAUUCCUCGAGACUUCAACUACGACUCCGUGUGCGAAAGGAAGAACUCGGCGGGCGCCGUCGAAGUAAACCAAGUUAACUCCCUCAAAUUUGGCAUUUCCACUGCUGAAGAAAUCUUGAGUCUAUACUACGAAAAAAUGAUAGGCUUGGUCGGCGGUGGCAACUUGGAUGCCAACGGAGCCGACAAAAGCAUAAUACAAGUAGGUCACAACGACGAUCAGAUUUAUCGCCUCGAGGUACCGGACGAUCUGGCGUCCCUCAUGUCUUCUUCCUCCUCCUCUUCUUCUUCACUGUCGAGCAACGAGACUGAAGAUGAUGAAGGUAGUUCAGCAUAUAAAGGCGGAGAGCCUCUCAACACCCAUCCCGAGGCAGGGAAAGCCUCACAUAAAAGCGAGAAAGCUCCUGCCACCACCAAACCCGUCGUUGGGAGCAAUGGCUCUAGGAAGAACAGUCUCAACAUCCUGAUCUCUCCAUCAGCCGCUAGCACUCCUACUACUACGAAUUCCGCUGCUAUGGGGGCUAACAACCGUCUCUCUCGUCCAACUUUAAACACCACCGUCCCAAACGACCUUCAGGUGAACUCCCCGGUUGACACUUUACAGCUCAAUUCUAGGAUUCCAAGCACAGCUAAUAUCGUAACUGCACAAAUGAAGAGCAAUACUUCGCCGACUUUCUUGCAAUCUCCGGGGAUCUCAACGCUCUUCUUACUCAACCAUGCUCUGAUUGCCACUGCUGACAAUGAAAAGAUUGAGAAAUACAGGCUAUUAUCGAUGACUUACACUACGCCAGAUCAACUCAUUGCCGAACUGACCACUAACGGAUACAAACAGGUCUCGGAGUUGCUCAACACUAGCAACAAGAACUUGUUCAUCGGGCCAAACAACCUCUUGGACGAAGACAAGAUUGAGUCCGCCAGGAUCUUCACAAAACCAAUAUACACAAAAGAUCAGUUAGAUUUGGUCUACCCACGUGAUGAGCUCAAUCCAAAUACAUGGGAGCAUUUAACAUGCGUUCAGAUACUAGACCAACAUACUGUUCUCCGUACUACAGAAAACACAAGAUCUUCUUCUCCGAUCUCUAACCACAUGAUUGGGGUGUUCAAACUCGGAAGGAACUUGACAUCGCAUAUGCACAUAGUUCACGGCGGAGCCAUUGCUGCAAUCAUCGACGAGUAUUUUGUAAAAGUGGUCUUUCCCCUCACUCCUGACUCCUUUGCGGUAACUGCGAACCUCAACAUCAAUUACAUGCGUCCUGUCAAGUUCCAGGAGCACGAACGCACGAUUGACGUCAUUUUAGACUGCUUCGUGGUUGAAGCAACGAAGGGCCGUAAAUUCACUGUAAAAGGAGCUUUGGAGGAUUUGCAAGGGAGGAAAUUUUGUGUAGGAGAGCUUCUUGUCGUUGUUCCAAAGGAGCAGCUUUGA